CUGGUCUUAAUUGACACCACGAUGAUAGCGAUAAGACUACGCCCUAAGUAUCACGUGACCCCUUGGUAACGGCCCUCCAAAUAUAAGUACGGAGGAGCUGACGAGAAUGCAUGGAACAUGGUAAAUCGUAUCAAACAAUAAUCGUACGAUUUUGUUCCGAAUGAGAGCUCACAACUAGUAUCUGGAUUUCCUGACGACACGUACCAGGAUCUGCUGAUGAUUAGUGCCUGGAUUUCCCGACAAUAAGUACAUGUAUUCCAUGACUAUUAGUAUCUGGAUGACGAUUAGUACCUGGAUUUUCUGGCGAUAUGGACCUACAUUUGCUGACGAUAAGAAUCUGGAAUUGUUGACAAUUAGUAUCUAGACAUAUAUAAGACUAGUUUUUGAUUCGCAUAUGAUAAGCUGAAUUUGCUUACGACAAGUACCACUCGGUCUUAAUUGGUUGAAGACGAAUUAAGGAUAAGCAUGCAACCAGUGUCUGGAUAUGCUGAAGAAAUGGUCAAAAUAAGUUCACAAUAAUGAUACUUAAUUACUAAGGACUUGUUUACAAAUAGUGUCUGAAAAUGCUGAGGAAUAACAUGCAGAUAUGCUAAGAACUAUUUAUGGAUUUGCGGUGGACUAUUACAAUUUGCUCACAACUAGUGGCUGUAUUUAUUGAGGACUAAUAUGAGGAUUAGCUUAUAACUAUUGUAUGGAUUUUCUGUGGACGAUAACAAUUUGAUCACAACUAGCGACUGGAUUAGCUGAGGACUAACAUGAGGAAGUACCUAAAACUAUUGCAUGAAUUUGCUGUGGGCUAUUGCUUUUUGCAACUAAUGAUUGGAUUUGUUAAGGACUAAUACGAGAAUAUGCAUAUAACUAUUGUAUGGAUUUGCUGUGGACUAUCACAUCACAAUUUGCUCACAAAUAGUGACCGGAUUUGCUGACGCUAAUAUUUAGUACCAAGAUUUACCAACUUAUUUAAACUUUUAUGUAGAAAUCAAAUUUUGCAAACAUGGCCCUUUUUAAACACCGUUUAAGUGUAAUGAUAAUAACCUGUUUUGCAAUAUCUGUACAACGAGCAUAUGGAAACAAUUUGCGUAAAAGACUUUCUGAGUGUCCCGGCUCCACAAUUUGCACUUGUACAAGGUCAAAAGAUGGACAAUACAACGUUUACUGCGAUGGAAAUGAAGUACGGCAAACCUUAAGGCAGGAAACGCUACCAGACAAUAUAACAAAUCUCUACGUGGAACAGUUUCUGUUCCAGAGUUUGUCUAUUAAACAGUUUCCACCAAAUAUUCGUGUGAGAAAAUUUCAUUCCAUAAAUAAUGACAUAUGGGAUAUGAAAAAUGACACAUUUUCUAAUUUCGGCUCAUUAACAGAGGUGUUGUUCUCAGGUGGAAAACUAAGAAACAAGAGGCAGGUAUUCGACGCUAUUGAAGGAAUUAAAGGCAAUGUUAACCUUACACUUGCUAUUGAAGGUAUGAGACUCACGAAUUUGACGAAAUCAAGUCUGAGGUUUCAUGGUUUUGCGAAAAUAACAAAUCUUCGCCUUAACCGCAAUGACAUGGCCAUAUUAAGGCCCGAAUUGAUUGAGCAUUUUCAUUACCUCGAGAAAAUUUCUGUUGUACAUAAUGCUAUAAGCAAGUUCAGCAACACAAGCCAACAGUUCUUUUCCUUAACACAACUGGAUAUAAGCAAUAACAGACUUAACUCAAGCACAAUAAGAUUUUGUUUCGACAACGACAGGGGUCUAUUCCCAAACCUUCGAAAUUUAAACGUUGCUAAAAAUUUCAUAUCUUACAUAGAAGAAAAGUCGUGGAAAUGUUUCAAAAAGCUUGAAGUUUUAAAUUUGUCAGAUAACAAAAUACAGGUGUUCGAAAUAAACAGUAUUAGACUCUUAGUUUCCCUCAAGGAGCUUAAUCUAAGUAAAAACUGGAUCAACUCCAAAGAAGGUAUUAUUCCGGGCAAGUAUCCACCCCAGCUUCGCUAUCUGGAUUUGAGUGCCAACCAGUUGGUACCGUUCAUGCCAAAGAUUUGUGACCAAUCAAGCAACGACACAAUAGGAAUAACAAAAUUAAACCUCAAAUAUAACCACAUUAGUGUGCUUACAGAUAAAUACACCAAAUGUCUUCGAAAUCUAACAGAAUUACAGCUAAGCAAAAAUGCUAUAGAGACGAUUGAAAAUAAUGCGUUUGCACAUUUUCCAAAGCUAAGAGUUUUACAUAUGGACAGACAGAUUCAGGGAUUAAAAAAAUUAGCAGAAAAUGCAUUUAACAUUACAGAUCUAACAGAACUAGAUUUAUCGGGGAAUUUCUUGAAAUUUAAAGAUAACAGUUUUGAAAAAAUCUUCAAUGCAUUUAAACAUGUUAUAAAACUUAACCUUACUGACAAUCAUAUCGUGAAUAAGCCGGCAUUUUUUUCCACUUUGGCGCAAUUAAAGAAUCUUAAAACUCUUGCACUCAAUAGGGUUGGACUUAAAAAAUUCCCAUAUAAAAUCUUCUCAACAUUUGAUGACCUUACCUCUAUUAGACUGGACCAUAAUGCAAUUAAAGAAAUACAUUUUCCACCAAAUAUUACAAUUAAAAGCAAAGUUGAAUAUAUAUCCGUCAGGUGGAAUCGUAUAAAACUUCCGGAUAAAAGUAAUUUAUUUCCAGAGCCAGUUGUGCAUUAUUUAAAACGUUUGAGCAUGAAAUAUAACCUUUUUGAUUGCUCUUGUGAUGAAAACUCAAGAUGGUUCCGAAGUCAGAUUAAAUCAAAUGCGCGUGGAGGGUUUAUUCAAAACGUAAAACUUGUUGGAUGGCCAAUCGGUUACUUUUGCCGUUCACCUCGGGAAAUGGAUGGAAAAAGAUUGAUAAAUUACCAUCUGUCAGCUAAUGACUGUCGCCCGCCAGAUCCGUACAUCCCUGUCUACAUAGGGAGUGCUUGUACAGUACUUAUUAUUUCUGUUUUCGCCACAAUGUUCUACUGGAACCGAUGGUACAUUCAGUACUACUGGCAUAGGCUAAAAAAGAAGUACAAACCUGUCCGGGGUGUGUCAGAUCCCGAACGGCAGCCGCUUGUAGCAAUAUUAAAUGAAAUGUACGAUGCGUACGUCAUUUAUAACCAUAAUGAUAGGCAUUUCGUUCUUAAAGAUUUAAGAAGACUGUUGGAAGAUAAAUUACAAUACAAACUUCUUCUUUGGGACAGAGACGGCGGUGUAGGUGGUUCUAAAGCUGAUGCAUACUUUGAGGCUAUGGACAGAUCAAAGAACGUUAUAGUGGUUGUUUCAAACAAUCUAAUGAACGACGCCUGGUGCGAAUUUCAAAUAGACAUUGCAUUGUUGAGUAAAGUUGAGACAAGAGGAAGAAAGAAGAUAUUUCUUGUAAUUCUGACGGAUAUGGAUUUGGAAUCUGUGAGUAAAUCUUGGUGUGUUCUUUUAACAAAGAAGAGCAACGGAAAAUGGUGUGAAACUGAAAAUAGUAUACGAAGAAAAGUAUUUGUAGAGGACCUGAAAGCCACAAUGGGAAAACCAUUGUCUGAUUGUUGAAAAGAGGAGUAUUUCCGAACUUUGUCAUAAAUAAUUUAAAUUCAAGAUUUUACAAUAUUUUAUAUUAUUCAUAUACAAGCGUUUAUGAACUUGGUCAUUUCCAAAUACUUCGUUCUUUGAGACUGUAUUGUAAGAAUUAGUACAUAUAUAAAAAUUAAUAGACAUUCUUCAUAGAAAAUUGUGUGUAUCCGAUACCGAAUGUUGUGGUCUCAUUUUUCUUCAUCCAUGAUAUUUGUCUUUGCUGUUUUUUUUUUAUUAGGAAAUAAAGUGUAACAAAUCUUUAAGAGAGUUAAAACUAAGAUACUGACGACAGGAACCCUUCAACAAAUGUUCAUAUAUGCUCAAAUAUUGCCUUUGAUGUCCACGAUUUUUAAAAAGCAUUACUGACGCGAUUCAGCAAAAGACUGAAGGUGAGUGGUUGUUUGAUGUUAUCACGUGAUGCUUCCAGUGUUUUCACCAAGGGGCUAUUUAUGAAAUAUUGUUGGCGAGUGGUUCAGUUCUUUAGUUCUUUCUUGACUACUGGCGUGGGUUUACAACUAGGUUUUUAAACAAUUUUGU